AUGGAAAAUUUCACGGUUUCUGAGGCGAUUUAUUGUCGUCUUUGUUUGAACAAUGAUGGAAAUUUCAUCGAAAUUACCGAAAAUGAUCAACAACUCAUAGAAAAAAUUACGAAACUCUUCAAUUUCGAUGUAGAUGAGGCGGAUUUCUCUCACUUUAUUUGUGUUUCGUGCCACGAUCGAGUCUCGGAAAUUGCGGAUUUCAUCGAAAAAGUCCAGCAGAACCAAGAGACCUUGAGAAAUGCGAAUAUCAAAGAAGAACCUGUCGAAGAAGUUGUUGCUUUUGACGACGAAAUUCAGAAUUACGAUCAAAAAGAAGAAAUUAUCGAAGAAGAUGCUGAAGGAAAUUCCCAGGAAAUUGUUGUGACGGAGAAAUUUACGGAAAAAUAUUAUUGUGACGACUGUGAAACGGCUUUUUGUACAAAAUCCUCGUUAGUGAGACACAUGAGACGAUCUCAUUUGCCACUGGAAACAACAAGAGUCGAGACUACGGGAUCAGUGGCAAGGUUUUUUAAUAAAUUAAUUGAUAUCUCGCAGUACCUUUUAUGUGAAUUAUGUGAUGACAAGCCUGCCUUUGAGACUUUUGAGCUGAUGUGUGAGCAUUAUUCGACGCAGCAUGACUGUCGGGGGUACGUCAAGUGCUGUGGAUCUGUUUUUUAUACGAAACGAAGUGUUGUUACUCAUGCUGAUCGGCAUUUGGCGCCAACGGAUUAUAUGUGUUCAAUUUGCAACAAAAUGAUGCCCAACAAAGCUACUCUAAAAGAUCACAUGGAUCGCCAUCGUCCCGACGAAGAGAAAAAUUACGUUUGUGACAUUUGCGAGAAACGUUUUUACCGCGAAUAUCACUUAAUUUACCACACGCGACAAGUGCACAAAAAGGAACGCGAAGAGAAACACACUUGCGUCGAAUGUAACAAAUCCUACAGCACUCGAUGGGUUCUGGAGCAACACAUGAGACGAUUUCACCUUGGAGGCGACUACAAAACGUGGAUUUGCGAAAGUUGCGGCAAAAGUUUCUUCACGAAGCAGGACUUGCAUUCCCAUAUCAGCUUCAAACACACCGAUAAUCGUCAAAAAUGCCCGAUUUGUGGCAUUGUCAUCAAAUGUAUGAGACGUCACAUGCAGAUGCACAAGGAAAUGGAGCAAGAAAUUAAUUGCGAAGUGUGUGGAAAAAAAGUUCCAACGACACAGGCAUUGAAAUCUCAUAUGAAAGUGCAUGAACAAAAACGCUUUAAUUGCACCGUUUGCGAAAAAUCCUUCCGCCUAAAAGCUGCCUUGAUGGACCACAUGAGUCAACAUGGAGGGCGCCCGAGACAUUUUUGCCAUUUUUGUGAUAGAACCUUCAAUAAUUCCGGCAACAAAGCGAAACACAUCAAACUAAUGCACGCCGAAGAGCAACGACAGCGACUCGAGAAUCAAAGAUUGCAAAAAGAAAUGAAAUUUAAUGAAAGCGCGGUGAAUUAA